GCAUACCUUGAUUUGUCGUUCGAGUUUCGAGGAAACGUUUGUUCGUGCGGUUACACCUUGUCAAGUUAGGAAAUUCACGCGCAUUUCCACACGAAAAUCGCGGAAAACUUUUACCCAAGUGCAUUAAACUUUCUAUAAGGCUUCUUCUAGGACUUGUUAUCGUUACCGGUGUUGUAAGUGUUGUCUUUACGUGCAAUUUAAGCGAGAAAAGGUGUGUUUUGUUGGUAAAUAAAUGGAUUAAGUGCAAAAACAGUUGUUUGGACGCUGGAAAAACAACAGGGCCCUAGAUGAUCGACAGCACAUCCAGCGAUCGCAGGGCCCUCGAGAGAGAGGCCCUGCGAAAUGUCAUCAACCAAUGGAACGCCAACAGACUUGACUUGUUUGAGCUGUCCGAACCCAAUGAGGAUCUAGAGUUUCACGGUGUAAUGCGAUUCUACUUCCAAGACUCCGGACAAAAAGUGGCAACCAAAUGUAUUCGGGUAGCUAGCGACGCCACAGUAGAAGACGUGAUCGGUACCCUUGUAGAAAAAUUCCGUCCAGAUAUGAGGAUGUUGAGCAUACCCAGCUAUGCAUUAUAUGAAUUGCAUGAAGGGUGUGCUGAGCGGAAAAUGUCGCCCGAUGAGAAGCCUUUACUAGUUCAACUCAACUGGCACGUUGAUGACCGGGAAGGAAGAUUUUUGUUGAAGAAUGUUGAUGACAAAACGAUUGGCUCGAUGGGCUCUCUCGACACAAAUGCAAGUUUUCGAAGGAAAUUGUCAAAGAGGGAGAAAAAACAGUUAAAAAAACAAGAGAAGCUCUCGCGAAUAAAAUGUGAAAACGGUGACGUCAAUGAUGGAAAGGAUAAUGUAACGGAAAAAUUAUACCACGAACUCCCUGAAACGUCAUUUACAAGGUCUAUAUCUAAUCCAGAGGCUGUGAUGAGGCGAAGGCGUCAACAAAAAUUGGAAAAGAAAUUGCAACAAUUCCGAUCAAAAGACGGCGGUCCUGACACGGGUGGAACCUUGAAAAUAUAUGGAGAAGCUCUUUGUAAAGACGUACCAUAUAAAACAUUACUCUUGUCAGUUAGAGAUUGUGCGGGGGCAGUAGUUAGAGAGAUGCUGGAUAAAUAUGGGCUAACGAAAGUGGAUCCGUCCCAGUUUUGUUUAGUACAAGUUACACAGCAGCCUGGCAUACCAGACACGGAAUAUGUUCUUGAUGAUGACGAAUGCCCUCUUAGUAUUCUCAUGACAGCUCCUAACACAGGGUCCAUAAUGUUCCACGUACGGAGACGACCAGCAGAUUGUGCGCCACGUAAACGAAAGAAAAAGCCUCUUAGUGGGGUCAGGGGAGACCAACGGGGCGAUGUCCCUUUUCUUAUGGAAUUGGGGCCAGAUGGACAGGCGCCGCACCCUGCUGAUGCAAAUAAGACAGUUCGAUUGGUUAACGAUGUAAUGGAGGUUGGUUCAGCUAAUGGAAUAGCACUUCAACUGUAUGGUCCCCACAUCCAGCCACGCCACUGCGUUAUCACGAAUGCUGAAGGAGUUACCUCACUCACUCCUUGUCAUGCUGAUGCUCACACCUACGUCAAUGGACAGAGAAUCCAUCAAACUACGAUACUGACCAAUGGUAGCUUAGUGAAAUUUGGAAAUAGCAACACGUACAGGUUUGUAGACCCUGCUCAGGAAGACAGAAUCCGACAUCCUCUUGGAAGUAUUGAUAACCAGACACGAAUAUAUGAAAGCCGAUCACCUCGCGCUCUCAGUCCAACACAAGGCACAGGUUCUAGAGAAAACAUAGAGACCACUUUUGAUAUAGAUGGCAAUGUGGAGACAGUGUCCACUCAUAGUGGCGCUAGGGAGGACAAUCGAUCUUUAGGAUCUGAUAGUCGAUCCGAGAAUAGACUAAGUGGAAUGGAGCGAUACGCAAGAGGUCAAGACCCAAUUUUGCCAGCCGUCUUAGAAUUCCCCGAAGAUCCACAAGAACAAUUUUUGGCCAGAGUGAUAACUCACUUAGAUGUAACAACGCCUACUUUUAGACUGGCACCCGCAUAUACUUUGUAUUUAUGUGCUAGAUACCGAGCAUCGACUCAUUAUAGACCAGAACUGACACCUACAGAGCGAGCCCAUAAAUUAACAUUAGUCCUGCAGCAUGCUGCUAUGUUAAUUCGACACACUGUCCAGGACAGAAGUACUGAGAGCACGUCGCAGGCAUUUUGGUUGGCCAACGCCAGCGAAUUGCUACAUUUUCUAAAAAGCGACCGGCAUGUCAACCCGUUUUCCUUGCAAGCUCAGGACACGUUGGCUGAUGCAGUUCAGUUGGCUUUUAAGAAUUUAGUUGCUUGUUUAACUGACGAACUAAAUUCAGGAAUGGCGUACCUAAUGUCGGUGACAGGAGAUGACCAUCCAAGGGAAGUAAUCAACAUUCUUAGUGGAGCCAUGAAUUUAUUAAGAAAGUGCAGAGUAAACGCUGCUUUAACUAUCCAGUUAUUCUCCCAACUAUUCCACUGGAUCUCGGCCAAGGCUUUGACGAACGUAAUUUCGAAUAGCAAUCUAUGCACUAGAAAUUUUGGAAACAAACUGGCUAACCGUCUACGAAACCUUCAAGCCUGGGCAGAAUCUCAAGGCCUGGAGUUAGCUGCUGAGUGCCAUCUAGCUAAGAUUGUUCAGUGCGCUCAUCUUUUGCAAGCGAACAAAUACACUCCCGAAGAUUUGGCUAAUCUGAGUGCUGCCUGUUUUAAAUUGAACUCCAUGCAACUCGGAGCUUUACUUAUGCAAUACAAAGCUGAACCUGGUGAAAAAAUCGCUUCUCCAUCUCUUGUGGAACAAGCUGCCAAAGCUGCAGAGAGUGUGGCGGAUGAACUGGCGCGCGCUGAGGGUCGCGAGGUUACUUUAUAUGAAGAUCCUGCUCCUCCUUUGCAACUUCUUUUACCUGAUGAUGGAUUUAGCUGUGAUGUUGUGCAAGGGGUCCCACCAGGCCUGGCUGAUUUUCUGCAUCCGCUGAAAGCUGCAGGACUUUGCAGAUUAGCCGCGCAACCAACGAGUUCUGGCCAUUGGACGGUUUACAUGAAAGCUCCAAGACCUCCCAGUGCUCUAAGUACUACUCAACCUGAGGUUCAAGUUAUUCGCCUUCACAAAGCUGGAGGUGGGAUGGGUCUAUCUAUAGUGGCUGCAAAAGGAGCUGGCCAAGAGCGUUUAGGGAUCUAUAUUAAAUCGGUAGUACCAGGAGGUGCUGCUGAUCGAGAUGGCCGACUGGCGGCAGGUGAUCAACUUGUAUCAGUAGAUGGUCAAUCUCUCUUGGGAAUAACCCAAGAAAAAGCUGCAGAAUUCCUAGUUAGAACGGGCAGCGUUGUAACGUUGGAAGUGGCGAAAGGGGGCGCAGUUUAUCACGGUUUGGCCACAUUACUUCAACAACCUAGUCCUACGCCACACAGAGGCCCCAGGCGAAUGUCUGAACGUGACUUGCCUACUCGAGUUGACUCUGAGCGCACUAUUCCCUCAUCCAAAUCCGUUCCUGCAUUGCACCAGAUUCAUUCGACCACACAGGAGCAACAAAGGGCCUCUGGUAGUCAACCAAAUAAUUUCUUAGCUGAUGGGUAUAGUAGAACAUCUUCGAAUAAUAGUAUAAACACUAACAACCCGCCCACUGGACUUUCAAACGGCCCGAUCGGUCCAACAGCCGUACGAAGUCGCUCCACUCACAAUUUGAACCAACAGGAUGGAGGAUUUUAUCAGAAUCUUAGUGUUUAUAGGAAUAAAGAGCCCAGUCCUCAGCAACUAGGUGACAGGACUUCUGCCCUUCGUUCCUCCCAGAAUUCGUUACAAUCAUCUAUAACGUCCCCUCCGAAUUCCCAGCGCCCUUCUUCGGCAUACUAUCCCACCAAUCAAGCGCAGCCCAACUUUAAUCGCCCUAAUCUCCACCAAUCGAUACCAAAUUUGAAAAGUCCACCUUCCAUGCAGCGACUGCAACAAGAAGAUAACGGCCGACUCAGUGGCAGUUAUCCCAAUGUUGGCGGCCCAGGACAACAACAAUAUUAUGGACACCAACUACCUCAAUCACAACAACAGCAGCCUUAUAUUCGACAACCGGCUCAACCAGCUUAUCCAGGCGCUGUCGAUGACCCACUAAAUCGACAGCAAUAUAACUCGUCAUAUGCGAACUCAAGCCAGCCAUAUCCAUCGCCAACGCACAGCAACAGCACAAACUAUUCAGCCAUGAAUAAUGGAACUAACAACUAUUCUCAAGCAAAUAGUGCACAACAACAUGCCAUGUACAAUUCGAGCUUGAACAGUGCUGGUCCUAGCAACGGGCAGAAAUUUGAAGAAAGGGUGGAUCCCCGGAUUGACCAAAGAGGAUAUGCAACACCAAAUACCGGCUUGUUAAGAGAAGAUCUAUUGCGUCAGUCCCAUAACACGCGACAUGAUGAGAUAAUGCGAUACCCAAGCACUAACAACGUUCGCAUUUCAGAGGCACAGAUACAAAACAGCAGAGGCAGUGAAGAUCUCAAUAGGCACCAAGAAAUUCGAAAUUCCAGAAGUGAAGAUGCGCUUAAACAACCUGCUCUUCGGGGUGAAAUGCUGCGCUAUGCUAGCAGUGGCAAUAUACGGGCACACGAUAUAAAUCAACCUUUACGGCCCGGUCAAGAUCAGCAGCACCGCUUAAGUGGCGAGGAGAGGCUAAUGCGAGGCCAAGCAAAAUUAACGGAAAUGGGUGAAGAGCUAAAGAGGAGACAGCAACACCAACAACAACCAUCUCAACCUCGGGUGUUAACCCAAAUGCCCCCCAAUGCAUACUAUCAGCAGCAACAACAGCAGCAGCACUACUACAACAACCAGAUGGCACAAUCCAUGCAAAACCUCUCAAUAAACCCAACCUACCAAAACCAGCAACCGUUACCUGCUGGUUACAACCAAAACUACGCAGUGAACCAGGGCUUCUAUCAAACAUACGGACCCAAUUCUCCAACCUAUCGGCCUCAAAAUAAUUCUCAAAAGCCAGCGAAAAGGCCAGAAUCGCCUCCAGUUCCUCCACCUACCAAUACGCAUCCAUUAUAUUCUCCGACUUCACCGGAAGCUCCCACCACAUACACAGCUUCUAAUCAAGACCCGCCAAAAAUGGCAUUGUAUCCGAUGUCUCCAACUACCAACAGCAAACCUCCAAGAGAUCCGUGGGCGCGAGAAGAACAAGAACGACAACAAGAAGCAAGACGAGAAGUCUCACGGCAAUGGCAGGAACAGCAAAUAAGGGAAUUGAUGACUUUACCUUAUCGGACGCAACAACAGGAGGAGCAGCUCAGGGUGCUACAAUUAGAAAGGGAAUUCCAAAGACGCGCUCAAGAAGCAGCUGGAGAGGACGACGAUGAGACCGAAAAGGAGUCUCCAACGCCUCACAUGCCUCAACCUGUCUCCAGUCAGACCGUGAUAAGUACAGUGCCUUCUACGACAGUUUCCAGUAGACAGGAGCAAACACAGCCUCCUCCGGCUUCAAUUUUGAAACCAGGAGGAAACAAUUCACAAGUUUCGCCUUCGGCUCAAAGCAAUGUUAUCUCGAGGGAAAGUCAUGCCACCAAUCAGCGACCACCUUCACCUGCUGAACCCAUUCUGGCCCCUCCUCCUCCAGAGAGGGGCUCUAGUUUUGCUGUUAUGUCGAUGCGCGGAAAAGAUUCGAAACGCGUGUCAUUUGAUCCAGUGUCGACUCAAAAUAAUAUUCAACAACAAUCGCCCAUACCGACUUCUUUACCAGUGAAAGAGAAUGCAAGGGAGGAUCCAAAUAGCUUCAUUCUUCAGGCAGAAUCUAUGCUGGCUUCCCCCACGACCCCGACGGAUCCCAGUCUGAACGUUGCAACCGCAACACCGGGCGUAAUCGGUGCCCAAGAAGUGUAUAGAGAUCCCAGAGCUAGACGAUUAGCCGAACAACAGAAGAAAAGCCAGAAUGAAACAACCCCAGUGCCAGAAAAAUUGAGUUUUAAAGAGAAAAUGAAAAUGUUUGCAAUGGAAACCGGUGAACAAGAGACGCCGAAAGACAAAAGCAAAAUUAGUAGGGCGCAAAGGGAAAUUGAUAAUCUCGGAUCGCCGCCGCCUAACUCGGGAAUGGUGCACUAAACGGAGUUUUAGUCGAAUAUUAUUGUUAUUUAUUUUCGUAGUUUAAGCGAUAUUCUUUUUAGUUCAGUUGACGCUUUAAUCUAAAACGGCUUUUUAUGGUCAGAUUCGGACUCAUGCAGACCUAGUAAGAGCUGAUUGCAUAUUCCUUUCUACACAUGAGUAUUUGUAUUAUUGGCUGAAUCAAAUUGCAUAACAACGAAAUAUUAGUUUUACAAAGUUAAUAUACAAUCCAAUGUGGGCCUUGACUAGUCACUUUUUUAAUACAAAUACAAAUGUCUGGGUAGGACAACUAAUAAAAAGAAUGACAAACUUUACAAAAACGAUAAAUAAUUCCAAUAAAAAAGUUUCGUUAAUUCUUCAAUUUAUCUGGUAAAUUUUGGAAAUAUUACAAUUGAGAAAAAUGUUAAUGUACCAAUCGUAGUUUUAAUCUCUUCAAUAGCAGCGUUAAUUAUAUUUUAGUCGAUCUUGUUAAACUAGAUGCACUAAAAUGUUCCUUGUAAAGCGAUUAAAAAACUAUUGAGAACCAAAAGUAUUGCAAAGUAAACUGCUAAUAGUUCAGCUAGCUACUUGAAACAUUAUUUUCUAAAGGCCUAUUUUGCCAGAGAAAUUGCUGUUAUUUGCUAACUAAAAAUAUUAAUAAUUGACUGAUAUUACCCUAAUUUGACUCAACUUUAUCUGAAUAGUCAAGUUUUAAUUUUGAUCUUAUCAGCCAUUGAUUUAGGAUAGAUUUGCUGGUAGGAAGUAUAAAAUUAUGCAUCAGUAUUGACAUGAAAUAAUUGUAAAUACGAGAUACAUACAGUUUCUCAUAUUUACUAAUUAUUUUCAAAAAAGAUCUCCUUUGAUAAGAUGUAAUGGGAGUCAGAAGAUAAGCUAAUAUAUAUCUCGAAUAGUUUUGUAAGGCGAUUAAAAACAACACCAAUUUAUUUCAAAAAAUACUAAAUAAUAUCUACUAUACAUAUAUCUAUUACGGAUGGUGCCUAUACAUUUUCUAAUAGAGCAGUACUUUUUUCAUGUGAUGUCUUCAACGUUAUGGGACCUAAGGUUUUUAAGCAGCUAACGAUCUUUAUUACUUGUAUCUAAGGGUAUAAAUAUAUUGAAAAAAUAUGCUGUAGAUGGACCAAAAAUUAGUCUUAUAGAAGUAACAAUUUUGAUCAUAUCUCUCACCCUACCGUCCAUGCUUGAGACCAUGUAGCCAAUUUACAUUUGUCGUUUUUUCCCCUUGUAUUGUAGCCAUAAACUACACCGCAAAUACUAAGAUUCUAAUUUGGAAAUAACAAAAAACGACAAUUGUAAAUCUAUCUCUACGAAUAUCCUACUAGAAUUUAGAGUAUUAUGAACUUGACCAGAUAUUUUAGUAUUUGCACGAACAUCAUUGACUAAUUGAAUUGACUUUACUUAUCAAAUUUGGGUUUAAAUCAACUAAUAAUACUUACCGAAUCGAUUAAUAUCGAAAAUCAUGUACAUAUUGCUUAGUAGUUGUUUGUAUUUUGUGUCUGUUUCAGUGAGCGUUCUUAGAACCUUUUUUAGACACGCAAUGUUCUGUUACAGAUUUAGCUGCUAUUUACAAAAAAAAAUGUCAAAUCACUUCCGUUACAUCAGUGUGCUGUACGCAAUUUUUCAUAGAAAUACUUAUAAACACAGUAAAGCGCAUACUACCUCCUUAUCAAGUGCUUCAACAAUUAGAAGAUUAACCGGGGUUCUAUUGAGUGAAAAAUGAACUGGAAAAAAACGUCCAGUUCAAAUAUUUAAGAAUAUCUCCUCUAUUGUAAAAACAUUUCUAUAUUUUGAGAAGCAGAUGAAAACCAGUUUGUUUUUAUUAAUUGAUUUAUUAUAUUCAUCGAAUCAGUUCGUUAUCGAAUAAUAGUUGAAAGGCAGUGGUAGAUGAGAUGGAAUACAAAUGGCUGUUCAACAAUAUGUCCAUUAUCGUGAUGGAAAAAUUCCUUUAAUAAAAUUCGUCAUUUUCUCUAACCAGAAGGAAUAGCAAGAUUUAACGAAGUUAAGAGAUUUUUGUAAGCGUAAUUGGAAACAGCCUUCAACUAAGUAAGCCUAAACAUAUUUAGGAAGAAGUUGAGCCAGCAGUACCAUUUAACGGUGUCUUAUAAUGAAAUUAUAAAAUACGUCAUUUUAUGAAAUCAAUUCAAUUAGUCGUGCACGUAAUAACGUAGUGGCUUAUAGAAAUAGUGAUUGUUAAAAUGAAGUAUUUGUUAAAAUUUAGACAUUUAUUAUAUUCCAAAUGUAUAUCUACUAUUUAGACAUUCAUAUUUACAUGUUAAAUGCAUAAUUAGAGGAUGGAUGCAUUAGGUUGCAUUAUAUAAGAAACAUUAUUGUUUUGAGAAUUCUUUAUACUGUAUUGUAAUGUUUAUUUCUAUUGAGGCAAAGUAAAUACCUUUUUAGAAAUUGAGAUUACGGCCAUUCUCUUUUACAGAUAAGCAAUAUUACUUUGCACAUAAGGACCAAUUAUUACUCGUUUAUAAUACGAAAAUUCUAUGUAUAGUGUUUCAAUGUAAGUGAUUACUUGUAUAACAUACGAUGCUAAAAUAAGUGUUCUAGUUUUUGUUCCGAUUUUUUAGUUAAGUUAAGAUAAUUAUAAACUAGACGAGAACUAAAACAUUUAUUAUUAAAAACAAGCUAGCAUAGAGCUUUGAUUUACAUUUUGGAAUUCUCCCUCAUGUGAUGAAGCUAUCUAUAUCUAGUUCGGUACUAUCAUGUUAUACAAUAUUCCGGAUGUUUCUGCACUGUAUAAAUAAUUAAAAUACACAGUUGUCAAUAAUUAAGAAAUUGGCAUUAUUUGUACGAACUCUGUAUUCAAAAGCAUUCCCUAAAUUCUUAAACUUUUUUAUGUUUUUUGUAUUAUAAAUAGCAUUAAGUUUGAUUUAAGUUUCUACACUUUAAAACCUCACCUUAUUUAUCUAAGCAAUAUGUAUUUAUGUCAAUAUUUAGUGGAGUUCUGUACAUAAGCAUACAAAGAAUGUAUAUUGUACUAAACGUAGAAACUUACUGAAAUCUUUGCGUUUAUGAUUUAGGAAUAAUAUAUUAAAAUAAGCAAAAUUAUGAUCUGUUGAAUUAUGUAAUACUUAUCUAUUUCUUUCAAAUAAAUAAAUUAAGAAUGUAAAAAUUAAA